AUGUUGAUCAGCUGUGGUCCUCUAACAGACUUCACUCAAACCCGAUAUGUGAUCCAUCUUUCGUCAGGAAAGCGCCUGGUCCUGUUUCGCCUCCCGUCUAUUGACCCAUCCAGCGCCAGGCCGAACGAGAGCCAAGGAUGGUCAUACUACGCGAUGGAGGCGGAGUGCCCCCAUGCUGGAGGACCUAUGGCCGAUGCACAGGUCGAUAUUGAAGACUCGGCAUAUAUCGUGUCAUGCCCAUGGCAUGCAUAUGAUUUCAACGUGGAGACUGGCGAAUCUAGCGUGGGUAUCAAGGCAUGCACAUUCCCCGUUGAUGUCCAGGAUGGAUCUGUGACAAUCAGCUUCCCAUUGGAGGAUGGUGAUCAUGUUGAACUUAACAAAAUCGAGCCAGUCAGCGAAAAGGUCAAGUUGAAGCAUGCACGACCGUCAGACAAGUUAGCCCUGAAGCAGCAGGACCCUGGGACGACACGCUAUCUGGAUGACGAUGCAACUUUGUGCGAUUGGGCCGUCCAUAUCUUGUCUACUGCGAAUCCUGAGCAUAAAAUUGAACUCACAACUCAUCUAUUCUCGAUCUUUGCCGCCCGCGAGGGUUCUUCAUCACCCAUGGAAAUCGGGAGGGGCACUGUUACCGCACCUGAUCAACCUCCACGUGAGAACAUGAUUGAGGUGGAAGCACGAUCUAUGCCACGUUCAGGGAAUGGAGGAUCUCUAAAAAGUCGGAUCGCCAUGCUUCAUGCGCUAGCCAAUAUUGAACUGUGGGCGAUCGACUUGGCAAUCGAUAUUUGUGUGAGAUUCUCUACUUUCAAGACCGAAGAGACUCAUCAAGAAUUACCACGGGCAUUCUUCCAUGACUGGUUGAAGGUUGCAAGCGAUGAAGCUAAACAUUUUUCUCUAUUGCGCGCCAGGAUUGAGGAGCUUGGUUCGCAAUUUGGGGCGCUCCCAGUGCACCACAGUCUUUGGGAGUCGGCAAUGGAUACAGCUCACGACCUGCGAUCCAGAAUCAGCAUCAUCGCCCUAGUACAUGAAGCUAGAGGUCUGGAUGUGAACCCCAUGACCAUUAAAAAGUUCCGUCUCUCUGGUGAUAACGAAAGCACCGAGGCGUUGGAGGUUAUCCACAAUGACGAGAUUACGCACGUUACAACAGGUCAUCGCUGGUUGACAUGGAUCUGUGGUCAGGAAGGGACUGAUCCUGUUAAGGUUUUUCGCACCAAUGUUUCGAAAUAUUUCCGUGGAAGCCUUCGGGGACCAUUCAAUGAGGAAGCUCGCCUACAAGCCGGCAUGGACCGCCGCUACUAUGAAGGCAAUCCAUCUGUCGAAGUUGCCUAG